AUGGAUUUUGAGAGGAGCUUAUGGACUGCAGAUGAGGAUCCUAGCUUUUUCCAUCAACAAUUACUUAUUUAUUUGUUUAUUUGUUUAAUUGGAUCAAGUAUGGAAGCUCGCACAGCACUUCAUGAGGAUGUGUUAGAAUGGGUGAAAAAAGAUAGUCGUCGUUUCCUGCGUGUCAAUAUUAAAGUUGAUGAUCUUGAUUACACCAUUAAGUUUUACACAGAAUUUUUGGGGAUGAAAGUGUUGAGUAGAAAACAUUUCCCGGAAGAAAAAUACUCAAAUGCAGUUGUUGGGUUUGGACCUCAAGAGACUCAUUUUGUGAUAGGCCUCACAUCCCACCACAAUGAAGCGGACAAGUUAGAGCUUGGAACAACCUUCAAUCAUUUUGGAAUCGCAACCCAAGAUAUUUAUAAUAUAGUUGAAAAAAUUCGAGCCAACGGAGGAGUGAUCACUCGCGAACCAGGGCCAAUCGCAACUGGCGGGACUAGCAUAUUCGCCUUCGUGAAGGAUCCCAACGGCUACACUUUCGAGCUCCUCCAGAGGCCACCAACUCCAGAACCACUUUGCCAAAUAUGCCUUAAUGUGUUUGAUAUGGAUCGCUCUAUUGAGUUCUACAGUAAGUCCUUGGGCAUGAACCUACUACUACCAAAGUUUAACGCUACUGAAGAGCAGUAUACUCUAGCUAUGUUGGGUUAUGGAUCCAAUUUUACUGAGACAACUAUUAUCGAGUUGAAAUAUAAUUAUAACGUGACCCAGUAUACCAGAGGAAACGGAUAUGCACAGGUUGCUAUUGGCACUAAUGACGUGUACAAGAGCGCAGCAGCUGUUGAACUGGUUACCAAGGAACUUGGAGGGAAAAUAAUUCGUCCACCGGGUCCAAUCCCAAAAAUCAAAACCAAAAUCACUGCAUUCCUUGACACAGAUGGCUUUCAAACGGUGUUGGUGGACAAUCAAGACUAUCUUAAAGAAUUGAAGAAACAGUAA